GAGCACAUCACUCAAUGGCAAGCGAGAUCAUGCAGACUUAUAACAAGGCAGUAUUCUUCUUCUCGGGAUGGCAGGCAAGAGAAACUUUCUGGACCUUCCCAGAGAGCUUCGCGACCUUAUCUACGAGCACGCACUCCAGGUUCCCGGAGCGAUCAUCAUAUACACGAAGCCACACCAGUUCAUGGGAGUCGUUUGGGCUGCGAAGAAUAUUAGAGAGAAGAGUGUCGGGCCGCCUGAACCAGUGCCUCUAGCAUCAGUCUUGUCUACAAGCAUGAUGCGAACAUGCCGCCAAUUUCACGCAGAGUGUAGUCCAAUACUAUAUGGAAGCAACAAUUUCCGCCUUUAUACGCCAGAAGGAGAUUUUGCAUCCGCCCGCUAUGCCCCUCUCGUCCGCCAUGUUACACUUGGAAGCAGUCCCUUUGCCCCGGAGGCCUUGAUCGAUCCUACCAACGGAGGCGCUGACUGGGAAAGCAAGUUCUGGCCAAGGGUGGUCUGGGGCUGUCAAAGGUUGCUUAGGGUGUUUCCCAAUUUGCAAGACAUGACGUUUCUUUUACAUGCCACUGGCGUUGAUGGUGUCGUCUACCGACCCUACUUCAUCGACUUUGGGAAUCCAGACCGCGCCGAGCGUGUUAAAGCGACAGCAGCGUGGUUUAAGGAAAGAUGCUCGUUUGGCAAUGAGAAUCUACGACGCUGCUUACAUCUACAGCUCGCCCCUCCCCCUCCACGCACUUCCCGCACUGAAGCUUUGUCUCCUUCUGACUACGAGCCGUGGGACAUCUCCGAGUUUUAUGAGGCGUUUGAAUUGAUGAAGGAACAAGCAACGAGUUCACGGCUUGAUUUCUGAUGCCAUCCCAAGCAGCUUACCCCUGGCGUAUUUCAAUUGGUGGCUGUGCUUGUUAGCUUUGCUGCGCCUUCAUGCUAUUAUUAUGUAGGAUAGCCACC